UAAUUACAUCAUUAUUGAUAUAGGAGUUAAUAAAAAAGCAAAAAUUAAUUUAAUUGACGAAUUUAGUCAUAAUUCGAUUUAGACUGAUUUAUUAUUUAGGUAAGAAGUAGAUUAAAAAAAUCGUCAAUAAUGGCAGAGCCAAAAGGCUGGGCUAAAUGUCCUGAAAUCGGAGAUCUUGUUGCUGAUAACUUUGUCCCAUUCAAAGUUCCAUUUGGUCCAAGUUUUACACCCGAAUAUGUAAUUCGUAAAUUUCGUCAAAAUAAUCUCAAUGUUGGUCUAUGGAUUGAUUUAACAAACACUAGACGAUAUUAUCGAUCAGAUUUGGUCAAAAAUCAAAAUAUUCGUUAUGAGAAAAUUUUUGUUACUGGCCACGGUGAAUGCCCUUCGAAUGAUCAAAUAAAACGAUUCAUUCAAAUAUGUUCGAAUUUUCUUCGCAUGCAUCCGGAUCAAGAAAUUGCCGUACAUUGUACACAUGGAUUUAAUCGAACUGGAUUUAUGAUCUGUGCCUAUAUGGUACGUGAACUUGGUUGGUCAAUUAGUCAGGCAAUUGAUCAUUUUAGUGAACGUAGACAUCCCGGUAUUUAUCGGCAAGAAUAUAUCGAUGAAUUAUUACGAAUGUUUAGUAAUGGUGAUGAUGAUCCCAGAACAAUUACGGCUCCAGCGAAACCGGAUUGGUCUAGAGAUAAUAAUCGACGCAGUUACAAUCAUUAUCAUCGAAGAACAUCAUCAAGUGAUCCUGACAAUUUGAUCGGACGUAUGAAUAAUCUACGGAUUUCACAACAACCAGUUAUUGACAACAAUUAUAACUAUUAUUAUGAUGAUGACUACUAAGACUGACGCUAACACUUAAUAGUUUUAUCCGAAAGUUUAAUUUUUUUUAUACUUUCAUUUUUUAAUCAAAUUAAAAAUUAUUGAAUUGAGAA